AUGUCGACUCAUUCUUCUCAGGUUGCGCAGCUCUCGGAGCAACAGGGUACGUCGAGACCCUGUAAUGGCGGUGUAUCCGUCCCACUGAUGAAAUCCUGCUGCGUCCCAGGAGAUGGAACUGUUCCUAUUACGAUCCCGGUUUACAGCCCGUUUUACCAGGGAACUCAGCUCCUCUCGGGUUCGGCGGGUAUUAUCCCUCAACAGCAAUAUGUGUUCGCUUCGCCGACUGGCAUGAACAAGGUUGUAUGCCAUGGACAAGCCGUGCCGCAGCAACAGCCGUUGUACCAAAUCCAAACGGACGUCUUCACGAAUCAGCAACAGCAAAAUGUUAAUGCCGAUGAGCCAAUAAAUGUCACGCAUUACAUUUGGAAGCAAACGGAGGAACAAACCCGUCCAAUCAAGCAUCAGGGCACGUUUGCUAAGCUGAGGACGCUUUUCAACUGGCAGGAUUCGAAUUCUGUGUUUGGUGAUGAAACGCAAAAUGAGCAGGCGGCAAAGGUGUCUGAUGAGCUUGGAAGCCAGCAAGGUGGUGACAACGAGCAAGUGCAGAAGAUCAAGAAGCAACAGCCAUCCGGUUUCUUCAAUUCGUGCUGUAUGAACGUUGCACAGCUUCCCACUUUUGAAAACUGUGCCAGCAGUGUCUGCAACAUUAACAGGUAUUGCAAGCUCAAUACUGUACAAGGUGAAGAAGAGUGUGUCGAUGAGAAGGCGAAUACUACCAGGGAAAAUUCAAUUACGAGCGUGAACAGUUUGACGGGAAAACAAGCCGAAACUAUUGUGUCACAGCAGAGCUCGGAGUCCCAGCAUACGGUUGUCGCACAGGAGAACACGAACUUGCAGAACGCUUUUCAGCAGUGCGCCAAUAGGUCCGUUCCCGAAUCGUUCCAACAGGCAAGCAUCCACUCGCAACACGGAAUGAUUCCACAAUCUAGCAUUUGCUCCAACCAUGAUCUGGUCAACCAUGUGGUGGUCUCGCCGUUGAACGCUCUCUCGCAGCAACCGUCAAUUCAGGUCGGAGGAUCUAAUGCAAGCAGCAUUCCUUCCGUUCGCCGUGCGAGCUUUGUGGACAACACGCAAACUCCUUUCUGCUUCAACAUGUGUUACCCGAGAACCGUAUCCAACCAGUUCGAAUCUGUUGUACCGGUGAACUCCUUCCAGAACCCGCCCUCCAUUCCGGUGAACAAUGCUGCAGUAGGAUGCUUUGGUAUGUGCUGCGGUGGUGCCGCCAAUAACUUCACAACCCUGGCCAGCCAAGGAACUAUGGGUCUACGCAACUUGUUUACCAUGAACCCGGUCUCUCAGAGGAGCAUUAUCUCCAACCAAAGUGUGCCGGUGGAGCAACUUUCAAGACAGAUGUCUGCAAUGAGCGUGAAUCCUACGCAGGAGGUUGUUUCAGAUAUUGCGCAAGAGCAAAUUUUGAUCAACGACACCGUGGUUGUAGACAGAAAUGGAAGGAACGUGAGGAAGUCUGCCAUGAAACCCAAGACCUUCAAGCUGCAUGCUAUCGAAAUCCAUCAGUUCGUUCCCAUUCAGAACAACGCUGUUUCGCCAUUCGUAGAGACCCUCUCCGGUAUGAAUCAGGCUGGUACUCCCAUAUUCCACCACGGUUACGGAAUUCAGCACCCCAAUUCUUUCUUCAACCCUAACACGACUGGCCACAUCGCCCCGGUAAUCAAGGACGUGAUGCAAGGCGUAACAAAUCCCAAGAUUCCCCACAUGUACUCUGUGGAUUCCAGCCACUCGUGCCAAGCCGUUAGACUGCCUACUGAGGAGUCUCAGGUGACGCCGAGGGAGGAGGUAAAUGAAGCUCCGGUUGAGCAGGAGCAAGCAGGCGAAUCCCAGAGGGAAUAA